UUUCAAAGAUGGCAGCGCCCAUUUGUUUUGAAACGUGGUGCAACCGAGUUUGAUAUUCUUCUUGAUAUUGAGCGAUCAUGACGACGAGAGAGACAUUUGACGAUGUAUUUGACGACGAAGCAGACGAUGAACCAAUUCACCGAAGGGAAUGGAAUAAAGUUGUGACAGAUCUGAAGAAGGGCGGUUAUCGUGAGGGUGUGGAGUCUGGGCAGGAAAAUACUUUGCAGUCAGGUUUCAAUGCUGGCUAUGAUCAGGCUGUCAGGACUUGUUGGAAAAUUGGACAUUUAAGAGGCAAACUCAGUGCUCAUUUGUCCUUGAGGAGUCUAAACAGAGAUGCAACAACAGCUGAAAGUGAAAGCCGUCAUGGCGAAAUAGAAUCGCUCUUGAAAGAAAUUACCCAGUUUGAAAAAGAAUUAGUUGAAUUGUCUAAACAAAAUACACCCCUUGUGGAGGAAAUGACCCCAGCCAUUCCAUUCUCUUUAUCAGUGGAUUCUAACUUUAAUGGGCAGGAUGCUGGUGACUGUAAACACAAGAAGGCCGAUGCUACAUGUGUCUGUGGUAAAGCGGGACAUUGUCCAGAAUCUGUAAAUACAGAGCCAAACGCCAGUUGUGAAGAAAUGACAUCCAACCAAAGAGACACAAUGCUCGUGAUUUCAGAAUCAGAGUUCAUAAUCAGAGAAAAUCAGAAGCCGGUGUUUAAGAAUAGCUGUGAAAAUGUAGAUUCAGAAGCUAAUGUUACGUAUGAACAUUUUUUGAAAGAAGCAAACAGACUGAUUACUGAGUAACUGAUAUCUUGCAAUAAAAACCUGAGAAAUGAAA